CACCAUUCUCCCGGCAACAAGAUCACCCGACUAAAGAGUAGAGUGGACUUGUUCUUCUCCACCUGUCUUCUGUCCUCUGUCUUCUGUCUCGUCUUCUCGUCUCCUCCCUCCCUCAACCUCCUCUCGACCUCUCCUCUUCUCCACGCUCCACAACGAGCUGCUGGCUGCUCGACGUGUCACUUCGUCCUCUCUCGCCCCCCUCUUGCGAUCGAGCCUGGCCUGGUUGCCCUUCCACUUGCCUGUACAUCAUUCUCCACCGACAGGCGUCUCGAAGCCGCCCGUCCUUCCACCGCCCCCCACCCUCGCCUGCUUUGUACAACCCUCCCUUGAGCUUAUCGCCUUUCACGCCCUCACAUCGAGCUCGCAUCAUGACGGCCCCUAGCAGAAUUCCUACCGUUGGCAAGUUCAAGCGAGCCAAGAACGCUUCGGAUGCCCUCAACACGACCCGCGCCCUCGCUGACCCGGGGUAUGCAUACGCGGUCCUUGACGCGUAUGUGCGCGGCAAGUUUGCCCGCGGCCGCAACAAAUACCAGAUCCAGCACAAGCUCGAUUCGCUCGAGCGCAGGAUGCCCCACUUUGCGGCCGACUUUCACGCCGUGCGCGCCAACACUGGCCUGGCUCCCAGCCGUCUCCUCCCUCCCGCCCCGCCUCCCCCAUACUCGAAAGAGUGCUCUUGUGCAUGCACGUGCGGCGCCCUGCCAGGCGGCACGAUCGGGGAAGCGCACGACGACUCGCCGAGCGACACGCCGCUCACGACUCCCGGUGUGCAUGACGCGCCAGUCGGGCCCCUGGCAGCGCCCCCCGGCUCGCCAAGCGGAUCGGAGACGUCCGUCUCCCGCGCCCUCUCGCCCACCGGCGAGCUCGUGAUCUGCGCGCUUUCCGGCAACCUCCACACGGCGGCAUCAUCAUCCGUAGACCUCCGCGGCACGGGCACGGGCACAGCCACCCCGACUGUGCCGUACGAACCGUUCGCGAAUCCGAACCCCAUGCCAAGGCCCUACUGGCUGCGCGGGGGCGGCCGCAACCGCUCCAUGUCCGUGCAGGCGCUGGGCAGCCGCUCCGUGGCGGCCUUGACGGCCGCGAGCGCGAGCACGACCAACCUCGGCGGCGUGCCUAUGGCCGCGUCGGCUUCGGCGGGUCGCUAGAUCCGCGCGAAGCGCAGAGCGGAACACACGAGGGCGCGUCAGAAUCUGGCAAUGACAUCUCGAAUCUUGGGCAUUUCGGGGCGGGCAGGCUUGUGCAGUACACUGGCCACCCCCUCCUCCUCGGCAUAGACGUGGCGUUCGGUACAUCCGGGCGCAAAAUGUGACGGUACAGCAUGGAUUGUAGUUGUUGUAAAUAGAUGUGAAGAGUAGGUCUUGCG